AUGGGCGGCGACGAAGUUGUCGGCAGGGUAAUCAAGCUCGGCGCAGACACCGAAUCCUCAAACCAGGUCGGCCUUUCAGACCGGAGGAGGGGCCAGCGAGCGAUUGAUGUCGUCCACGGCAGCAAAGAAAAACUAGUCAAGGAAUCUGGGGCGGAUCUUUUCGUGGACAAAACGCAGUUCCUAAGGGACGAUAAUGGCGCCGCGCUGAGGAAGCACGUUCAUUUGCUUACGGGUAAGCUGAAGACUUACGCUGCAGUUGUCCGUACUGCUGUGAAUGCGGCAUAUGCGCAGGCAUUGCCGUUGCUGCGUCUCAGUGGCACGGUGGUCUGUGUGCGCAUUCCGAAAAAUGACCCCCAGGCUAUUGCGACGGCGUUCCCAUCUACGAUGAUUCUCAAGCAAUGGUCGAUUACGGGUUCGGUAGUUAGGAGUCGGAAGGAGGCCAUCGAGACUGUGGAUUUUACUGCCAGGGGUGUUGUUACCGUGCAUUGUGGGACUGAGAAGAUGGAUGCCUUGACUGAGGUAUUUAAUGAGACCGAGGAGGGGAAGAUUCAACGCUGGAUUUUGUUAAGUCUCUCGGGAUGA